CAGUUCCUAACCUCAAUGUUUGGUUUGCGUUAACCUGGCCUUAACUUCUAAUAACUAGAAAAAUGGCGGACACGGCCGGAAAUUGGUGUUUAAUUGAGAGUGAUCCUGGCGUUUUUACAGAAUUAAUAAAAGAAUUUGGUGUAAAAGGAGUUCAAGUUGAAGAACUAUAUAGUUUGGAAGAUGAUCAGUUUGAAAAUUUAAAGCCAAUCCAUGGAUUGAUUUUCCUAUUCAAAUGGGUACAAGAUGAUGAACCAUCAGGUACUGUUGUACAGGACAGCAGAUUGGACAAAAUAUUUUUUGCCAAACAGGUAAUAAAUAAUGCUUGUGCAACACAAGCAAUACUGAGUGUACUCUUAAAUAGCAAACAUUCAGAUAUUGCAUUAGGAUCAACUUUGGAUGAACUAAAAAACUUCUGUCAAAGUUUUGAUGCCAACAUGAGAGGCCUUGCUCUCAGCAAUUCAGACACUAUCAGAAAAGUCCACAACUCUUUUGCAAGGCAAACUUUAUUUGAAUUUGAUUCCAAACAAGCAUCUAAAGAUGACGAUGUAUUCCAUUUUGUAAGCUAUGUACCAAUAGAAGGAAAGUUGUAUGAGUUGGAUGGACUUAAAGAAGGACCAAUUGAUUUAGGUUCUUGUCCAGUUGGUGAUCAAUGGGUUCAGGCUGCUAAGCCCAUUAUUGAAAAAAGAAUCAAAAAGUACAAUGAGGGUGAAAUACAUUUUAAUUUAAUGGCAAUAGUUAGUGAUAGAAAAAUGAUUUAUGAGAGACAGAAAGCUUUAACAACAGAUCCAAGUGAAACUGUAAGACUACAAGCACUAAUUGAUGAAGAAAUUUGGAAAUCAAAAAAAUAUAAAAUUGAAAAUAUACGAAGAAAACAUAAUUAUUUACCACUGAUUGUGGAGCUGCUGAAAAUAUUAGCAAAAGAAGGUAAAUUAGUUCCUCUAUACCAGAAAGCAAAAGAGAGGGCAAUUGAAAAAGAAGCCAAAAAGGCAAAUAAAUCAUAAAUUCAUUGUAUUAAAAUUAUGUUUAUUCAUAUCCAUUUGAAGAUAUAAUAAUGAUUUUAUAAAAUAUGAUUAAAAUAAUAUUAACUUAACUAUUUAUAUAUAUUAUAUAUAUUUACAUCAGACUUCAUUUUGGCUAUCAAGAAAAUUG